AUGACUGAUAUAACUCCCAUCAUCAAUGAGUGUCUAUCAAAGCAUCCGACAGUAGCUCUUAUCUCAACAUCUCGGAAGCCUACCCCCCCAACCGAUGAAUUCCUUAAGGAAGCUUUUCGAAUCGAAUCACAUAUAUCUUCACUGAGGACCUACCUCCUCUCUAUACGGCAGUCCUAUCUUUCUACCGCCACAGCAUCUGCUCGUCCAAACCUUCCACGCACCAUCUCCACAUCAUCCAUAUCCAGUAAUAGUGCCAAUACACUUACGGAUGCCCAGCGCGAUUCAAUCGAUGCGGAAACAAAACGUGUGGUUCAGGAGCUCUUAACUCUUAUCGACCGUCUGGAAUCGACCGAAACACUCCGCGCCCAAACCGCGGAUGCGCUGUUGCGGCGCCGUUUCACAACUGGUCUUCGAGGACUGUUUCGUGAUGAGAGUGUUGAGCAAAAGCGUGAAGAAGGGAAACUAGAGACACUCAAGCAACAUAGAGAAGGGGUACUAUGGUUUCUGAAGACGAAGCUGGCGAAAGCGAGUGAGAUUCAGCGGGGGCAGCAGGAGAUUAGGUUACAGCGGCAGGUUGAGAAGGGCAAGAGUAUGCUUAAUAAGGCACCUCCACAACAGCUCGCAUCAAAUUUCGGGUCAAGUUCGAAUUUAGGUGGAGGAAGAAAUGUUGCGAUAAUGGAAGAAGAGGAGAAAAAAAGCAUUGAGGCGCAACUCACACCAGAGCAACUGCAGCUCUUCGAGAAAGAGAAUGACGAAUUAAUCAAACACUACGAGGAUGCAUUGGACCAAGUUAGAACUGCCGAAAAAUCUCUCAUUGAGAUUUCUUCACUCCAAACACAACUAGCUACGAACUUGGCGACCCAGAACGCCUAUAUCGAUAAUCUAGUUCAAGAUGCGAUGCAAACAACCGAGAACGUUGAGCGCGGUAAUAAAGAGCUCAAAAAGGCUGUUAUUAGAUGA